CAUGCCAGCAUUCUAGUUCUAGGCUGCGAGUCCAGUGACCACUUGGAUCGAUUCGCGCUUCGACAGUUUGUCUCUUUUUAGUCCCGCCAGGGCCAGCUCCAGCUCCGGCCUGCAGCUAGCUCCCUUCAUCUUCCAUCUUCCGUCCUCACCCUCCCUCCCUCCAGUUCGCCCUUCCUUCCCUUCCAUCUGCUCUUCGCGUCGUCAACCCUUUCCCACCCCGUACUGAUCGUCCGCGGCCGACACGCGCGCGCAACACAUCCAUCACUCGCCCCCUCUCUCUCAGGCUCGGCUUGUUGAAACCGCUACCCGCUGUAGACUGCGCGCAUCAGCUGAUCCUCCGCCCGCCCCGUCCUUUUGGCCCCGAGAGCCGGCUCGUACUUCAAGUUGCGCCGCUUCACUUUCGUCGUCUUAGUUCCGCCGCACCUCCGUCGCACUUCCGUCGGCGUCUAACCCCUCCUGCCUGCCGAGCUUAAAUGCGGGCUCGCCACUUGAACAACUAGAAACUUUAGUCUGUCCUCUUUGUCACCAACGCCAACCGUCCUGCGUCUUCCACACCUGUCGAGUCCUGGUGUUUUUCGAGCGUCCACCUCCUCAUCAUCCUGUCGCCAGUUCCAACCUAAUCAUCUAGUUACACGUCCUGACUACGGUCGGUUGUGACUUUCCAAGCUGCUCUCAGUCCGAUCGUCGCACACAAGAACCUACUGGCUCCUUCAUUGGGUCCUCUGCGGUCUGUUCAACCCGCGUGAGGCGCAGAUCGGUGCCCGCUACAGCACGUAUUGGCCGCUCCAGGAUUCUAGUGUGGACGCCCGCCAAAUCAUCCGUCAGACGUUAGGGUUGUUUAGGGAGCCAGGCAUCCCGUUUCUUAUGACAGGUUUCUCGAAAGAGCUCAGAAAAGUUCUAGGAUCCUACAUCCUGUUUCAUUAUCACCGUGCGGGCUUCAACCGGCAACAACUGUACUGUAGUUCUUCGCACCAUCUUCCAUCGACCAGUUGACGCUCGAUUCCCUAUACUAUCCCUCUCGAGUACAUCAAGGCCAUCACAACAACUCCCACGUGUCUGUGGCUUGCCAGAUAGCGGGUGGGGUGUAUAACCAUAUCUGGUCAAGAAGCGUUGGCUUCCCGAAGAGGCAUAUCUGUUUCAUCACAAGAGAGUCAAGCUUGACGACGCAGCCUCCUAGGCUGACCCUCCACCAUGAGUUCUGGCACAGGUAAGCCUGCUCUACAGGCAAAGACAGGGCAGGGCAACUUUGCCGCGGGCAUGCCCAGCACGCAGGCGAUACUGCUGGACAAGCUGAACCGUGGCUCGACUCCUGACUCCGAAGCCUUGGCGAGCUCAGACGACGAAGUUGACCCACUUCGUCAAGAACCUCCGCCUACCUCAACACAAGCUCCCAAGCAACCUGUCCGCCGGGCAUCAUGGCUGAAUGAUACGUCUCAACCACCACCGCCGCCCCGCCAGCGGAAAGAAUCGUUUGCGAGCACCUCCAUGUCUCCUACAACUUCCCACCCCAGCACGCCAGCUGUAGAUUCUGGGGUCGGUGCCUGGGGCACCCAUCCGGCUGCUUCUGCAGUCCAUGGCCGAUCCCAUGCUGGACCUAGUCCAUUCAGUACUACAUGGGGCGCAGGAAUCUGGACAAACGAGAGGAAUAACCCUCCCUCUCGUUUAGCAGAGGUCUUGCCUUCGCCAACAUCUGGCAUACCGCCUGGCAGCUCGGGCGGCUCGUUUUUUGAUAACGCGCUAGCUCAACAAUCGGUUGGCUCCAGAGAUACAGUCCCAAACCCUCAAAUUCCGUUCCCGAUUCCUCUCCAUCCUACGCCCAAAACCUAUCGAUCACAGUCGUACUCCGUUGGGCAGCUUGACCCAGAAACAUCUCUUCCUUCUGUUGCUACAUCCGCGGUUCUGGGCGGUCGUUCGCGUCCGUUAGGCCAUCCCGGCUUGCAGCAUCGUCCUUCUCGGCCUAGUAUGUUGAGUGAGAUGGCAAAUGAUGGCUCCAUGCUUGGAAAAGUAAAUGAAGACGAUGACGAUGAUAGUACUGGCUCUCUCCAGGGGGCCAGUCAGCAGCAGUCCGCUGAAGCGAAAGCUAUCGAGUCGUUGAUGCGCGAGAAUGCCAUCCUGCGCCAGCAGAAUCAGUAUCAAAGUUCGCGUUUGAGACCUCGGGCAUCUACCUCGAGUGUGUUUGGGUUAGGAAACGCGUACCUCCAGGAAGCUGUUCCCGAAGAGUCAGAUUUUGCUGUUGAUGAACUUGAUGAGGCGAACGAUGGGUCUGACAUCGGCAGGAGGAAUCUGGCCAGACGGAUGAGCGAGUUUGGUGUAGGCCCGUAUCGCACCCCUUAUAUGGCGGAUCAUAGGAAAGUUGAUAACACCAACCUAAAGAGGGCCCUCUGGCAAACAUCUCUCGGGUUCGGGGGACUGGGAGAUAUUCCGCAGAGCAGACGGCACUCGUUUGCUGAUGUGCCAGUCCGGCAGAACUCCAUUGCUUCUAUUGGGGAAGGGAUCGCACCACACGAAAUCGGCCCUCAUGAUUCUGCGCCUGACUACGCUUCUCCCGGUUAUUCUGAUGCUAUGGCACUGGCCAAUGCUGCUCAAGUACAAAACUACUUUACGGGAGGUUCAUCGCAUGCCCUUGCCCAGUCAGCCUAUGGAAAUCAGUUUCCGUCGCCAUACUCUAUGCUUCCCAACGCGUACGCCAACAGGCCCAACUCACCGCAUCGUAACAUGUACGGUGCAGCACAGCCGCGACAUGACCAGCCCCUCUACAUUGUUCUUUUCAAGUGUGCCAGGGCCGAUGUCUUCUAUAUCCAGGAAGGCACAGGGCUUACUGUGAAACCUGGCGACUUGGUCAUAGUGGAAGCUGACCGUGGCACGGAUCUCGGCACUGUCGCCAAGGAUAACGUUGACUGGAAGACAGCAAAGGAACUGAAGGAGCACUAUGCCGAGGAGCAAUAUAGAUGGCUCAUGAUGUACUCCCAGAACGCAGGAAUGGCCCAAGAUGGUGUUGGUGCUGGCCUUAUGGCGGCCUCAAACCUGCAAGGAAGUGCCGUUGGCGGCAUGGGGCCCGCCGGUCAACACCACAUCCAGGAGCCUAGUUCAGGAGAAUUGAAACCGAAAUUAAUCAAGAGGCUGGCGCAGGCUCACGAGAUUCACGCUCUGAGAGAGAAGGAGGGAAAUGAGGCCAAGGCCAAGCGAGUGUGCAUGCAAAAGGUCAAGGAGCAUGGCUUGAACAUGGAGAUUUUGGAUGCCGAGUUCCAGAUGGACUGGAAGAAACUGACCUUCUACUACUUCGCCGACUCCUACAUCAACUUCAAUUCUCUGGUUACCGAUCUCUUCAAGAUUUACAAAACUCGGAUCUGGAUGUCAGCUAUCAACCCCGCCUCUUUUGCGAGCCCUACCCUUGGCUUACAGGCGCCUAGCGGAAUUGGCCCCGGAGCUGUCGGUGUCAGCCGCGCCUCUGCAGCAACAGAACGCCGUCAAAACACGCAGCAACAGGACCAACAAAGCGUUUACACUGCUGCUGGUCAGACGGGGCGGAACAUCCAAGGGGGGUUCCCAGGCGCCUUCACCCCUGACCGAGCAAUGGUACCAGGAUCUGGCUACUCUUUACAAACUUAUCCCUGGAAUUCUUACGUUCCGUUCGGGGCCGCUUCGAGGCCCGGACCCGGACCCGGACUCGGAGGACUGUCAUACGCUGUGCCCGGUAUGAUGCCGAAUUCCGAUACCUACACAGCCGGUGGUUUCCCACCGGCGGUAGACUACUCUGCACGAUCCCGAUUUCCAACACCCCAGGCAACCUCUGGGCAGCACGAACAGAUAGGCUCUGCACAAGGGGCACAGGCAGACUGGGCAACGGCGUUCCAAGGCCUUUCUCUCAAAUCGAACCCCCGUUGAUACCUCUUCAUGUUAUCUCUGGCCCUUCUUAUUCAGGUUUGGGACGGUUCGCAUCGCCGUGGUUAAACAUCGAACAUGGGAGCCACUCUAACCAAGGGAACUGAUACACGAGAUCUGGGGACAACACAUUGAAGUGGUUGCAGGUGGACCAUAUGUUCACCAGUACAAAAUCAUGGAAUUCGUCAAAUUGCACUACUCCAGUCAGUCAUCUCGUUGAGUGCGUUGACUGUUGUUGAUCGUUUAGGAUGACAACCCAGGCCAAAGACUGAUAUACGACCAUCUUUUAUUCUUGCACGGACGGAGUUGAAACAAAAUAAUAGACAGACAGACAGAAAGAAAGUAAGACGGCAGACAGACAAACACGAACGAGACAUUGUAUGGGAUCGGAAGUUUCAAUUCUACUUAUAUCACGACAUGACCAAGAUAAUACUUUGCUUCAGGGGGAUCGCAGACGAAGAUGGCUGAGGUACUACUUUCGUACAUUCACUUGUUUCUUGUUCAUUUCACACCCAUUCAUCACCAUCUCGUCUUCACGACGGGGCACAGAACCUGCCGCCAUGCCUGUGUUAUGAUAGUUGCCUCCAGGGGUCCCAUCAUUCAAUUGAUGCAGCGGCACGAAAUUGAUGGCAGCCAUAGACACGCAAAAGAAGAAAAAAAAAAGAUUAAGAAGAAGAAGAUGAAGAAGAAAGACAGAGACACAAGAACGAGCACCAAAGGGGGCAUCAAAGAGACCAGCGUUGCAACGGCUUUUCCAUUCCGGGGCAGACGAGAUAUUAUAGGGUGUAAUCUGUUUAAUACAACAGAGCGGAACUUUGUUGUAUAGGAUAAAGCGCAUGUUAUGGAUACAGACGGCUUAUAGCAACGACUAGGUACUUUUUCCUGUUAGUUUAGUUCGUAAAUUUUGCAAGUACUCGUUCGAUUC